CCAAUCAGCUGUUUCCUCAAGAGUUUUGCAGCUCAAACUCAUAUUAGGAUAACUUUUUUCUUUUACUUUUAUCCAGUCUUAUAGCAAACAGAGACACAGUGGACCUUGUUGGAAACGUUUAUUGUUACUUCAUCAUUUAUUUCUGGCAGUGUCAGUUAUGUCUUUAGCAGCUCAGAGUCAACAGUGGUGUCCCACCAGCGUUCAGGUAGCGGUGCUCCAGGCAAGAGGCCUGCGGAUAAAGGGGAAAAAUGGCACCAACGACGCGUACGCGGUCAUGCAAGUGGCCAAGGAGAAAUACGCUACCUCGGUGGUGCAGAAAAGCGUGGCACCGAUGUGGGAGGAGGAGGCAGUUUUCGACCUGCCGCCGGUCCAUCCCGGCGGCUCGGAGAGCUGCACGCUGCACAUCACCGUUUUGCACCGGGCGCUGAUGGGUCCUGACAAGCUGCUGGGACAGGCUGCCAUCAAUCUGUGGGAGCUCAGUGAGGACAAACCUCGCAACAAGACCGAAUGGUUUAAGUUGCUGGGCAAGACUGGCAAGGUGGACCGAGACAGAGGAGAGGUGCUUAUGGACAUCCAGUUCAUGAGAAAUAACAAGACUGCCAGCAUGUUUGAUCUUUCUGCCACUGGCAAGCCCCGAUCUCGCCUGGGCAAAUUCAAGGACAAAGUUCAAGGCAAAAAAAGGGAAGACCUCUCAGUUGCUUCAUCUACCAUGGUGCCAUCUGUUCUCCAGGUUCUGACAGACAGUGAGGAGGAGGGAACAGGGGAUUCAUUUGAUGAGAAUGCUGCAGGCAAGGGGGAGAAAAAGAAGAAACACAAGUUCAAGUCUUUGUUGUCUCCCAAGUCUAACCUGCAGAGGAACAUGUCUCAGUCCAUGUGUGUACUUCCUGAGAAGAACUCCACAGUGAGCGGCAGCAUCUCUUCUGGUUUGAAUGUGGAUGCCUCUGGAGGUAAAAAGAAGUUCAGAUUUAUGAUACACAAGUCCUCAGGCAGCUCUGAAAGCAGUGGUUCCCAAGGAACUCUUUCCGUUCCUGGGCGACCUAAGGAGGGCACCGUGGAACAGAGUAAACUCUGCAUCAAUGGCAGUCAUAUAUACUGUGAGGAGCCACAGCCUCGUAGCUUUCGUACCAGCUCCAACCUCAGUCUGUCCAGCUCAGGCCACAGCUCCAUGAAGGAAAUUUGUAGGACCCAAACCCACAAAAAUUCUGGCACAUCUGUUGACUCUUUUAGGACCCAGAAACAGCAUUCACCCUGGACAGAGGAGGAGCACAGCAGCAGGGCUGCAGAAGAGGAGAUGUUCGAGGAGGAAGAAGUAAGAUUGGAGGAAGACAAAAAGAGGAGGGAAGAACUGGAAAGGAUUAGGAUGGAGGGAACGAGAGCUGAGGUAGAGAGGAAGAAGAGACAAGAGGAAGAGGAGAGGGUUAGGAAGCAAAAGGAAGAAAAUGAGAGAUUAGCAGAGAAAAAGAGGAGACUGGAGGAAGAAGAAUGGAAGAGAAUUCAGGACGAGGAGAAAAAUAGGCAGGAACAGGAAAUGAGGAUGGAAAAAGAGAGAUUUGAGGAAGAGAGGAAAAGCAGACAAGAGGAAGAGGACAGACAUAGGAAUGAAGAGGAAGAGAGAAAGAGAUUAGCAGAGGAAAGGAGGAGACUGGAGGAAGAAGAAAGGAGGAGGAUUGAGAAAGAGGAGAAAAAUAGGAAGGAACAGGAAAAGAUGAGGAUGGAAAAGGAGAGAGCUGAGGAAGAGAGAAAAAGGAGACAGGAGGAAGAGGACAGACUUAGAGAGAGAGAGGAAGAAAGAAAGAGAUUAGCGGAGGAAUUGAAGAGACUGGAGGAGGAAGAAAGGAGGAUUGAGGAAGAGGAGAGAAUCCAAAAGGAAGAACAGGAAAAGAUGAGACUGGAGAGUAAAAGAGCUGAGGAAGAGAUAAAGAGGAGGCAAGAGGAGGAGGAGAAAAGAGCUGAGGAAGAGAGAAAAAGGAGACAGGAGGAAGAGGACAGACUUAGGGAGAAAGAGGAAGAAAGAAAGAGAUUAGCAGAGGAAUUGAAGAGACUGGAGGAGGAAGAAAGGAGGAGGAUUGAGGAAGAGGAGAGAAUCCAAAAGGAAGAACAGGAAAGGAUGAGACUGGAGAGUAAAAGAGCUGAGGAAGAGAUAAAGAGGAGGCAAGAGGAGGAGGAGAAAGUGAAGAAGCAAAAGGAAGAAAAUGAGAGAUUAGGAGAGAAAAAGAGGAGACUGGAGGAAGAAGAAUGGAAGAGAAUUCAGGACGAGGAGAAAAAUAGGCAGGAACAGGAAAAGGAAGAAGCUAGGGAAGAGAAGAAAAGAUCAGAGGAGGAGAAAACUGGAAGAGAAGAAGAGGAAAUAAGUAAGAUGGAGAAAGAAAGAGUUGAGGAAACGUGGAAAUGGAGGCAAGAGGAAGAGGAAAGAGCCAGGAAACAAGAAGAAGAAAAAAAGAGUUUAACAGAGGAGAGGAGGCGACUGGGAGAAGAAAGGAAGAGAAUUGAGGAAGAGGAGAAAAUGAGGUGCGAGGAAGAUGAGAGGAUUAGGAAGCAAAAAGAGGAAAAUGACAGAUUAGCAGAGGAAACGAGGAGGCUCGAAGAACAAGAAAAGUUAAGGGAGGAGAAGAACAAGAUGAAGGAAGAAAGAAGGCUGAAAGAUGCGGAAGACAGACAAAAACAGGUUGAGGGAAAGAAAAGGCUGAGAAAGGAGGAAGAAGAGAGAGAGGAGAGAGAAACGGCUGGCGAGGUUGAGGAAAGCAAUAAUCCUUUCACAGAGGUGACUUCUACCAAUCCAUUUGACGACAACUAUUGCACUGAUGUGUUUGAGGAGACUGGGAGCUCAGCUGGUGGAGCCCACAGCACGACAGCCAGAGUGUCCACUGUCCAGCUAAGAUGUCACUCCACUGCAUCACUGGUGGGAAGCAAAGAAGACCUCAGCUUAAAAGUGAGCAUUCCUACUAAUGGGAACAACAGAAUUCGCACUCAAUGGGACAGGCAACCAGCUCCACAGCCUCCGGGAAGCAACAGGACUGAGAGACAGAUCCAGAAAAAGCAGAAUGUAUCUACACCAGUUCUGGCACAGAUGAACAAACAGACCAGAGACAAAGAUGUCAAAACCUCCAGUGUUUCUCCUCUGCAUAGGUCCGCUUCAACAACACAGAACACCCAAGUGAUGGAAAGCCAGAGCUCAACACAGCUUAGAAACCAACAAGAAGGCGUUCUGUCGACCUCAGGAGCAUCAAGAGUUACCAAAAACAAUAAAGGCCCUGCACCAUCUAGACUCCAGUCUUCUCAUGUUGGUGGGAAUACUCUGAAACAAGCCGGUGAAUUUGGGCCAUUCUGUGAACCCAAAGAAGCCUGGUGCUCUGACACUAACCAAAAAGACAGCAACAUUACAUGUGACUCAGUGGUAAAACAGGUCCCUGUUGUAUAUGGAUCAAAUCCAUUUGAAGAUGAUAAAUCUGAGACUGAGGUCAGUGCCACAAAUGAAGUAACAACCUCUGGGAACACAAACAGCACAGACUCUCACAGUGGUAAGAGCUCUGCUUGUGUACAUGCUGGUUCACUAAAUUUGGUUCCAGCUGCACAACAAACUCCUGAUGAAGCUGGCAUGUCUCAAACAAAAAGUAAAUCUUCAAAGAUGGCCCGUGCGCCCCUGCCUCCCACACAGAAAGCAGCCCCCUCCAGCAUUUUAGUGACCCAAAACAUGGACUUUGACCUGCCCUCCAAAACACGGCACAGUGUUACAGAUGUGGAUGUACCUGACAAUGCUGUAACACAGGGAGAUGACCCACACCAUAAUGUUACAGCACAGGGCAGUGAGCAGGUGGCGGGUCGGAAAGAGGAUGGGACACCUUCAACUUCAUGCAGGCUUCAUCCUGUCAAACCCCUGAACCAGGAGCACAAGCCUGUCUCGGUCACCCAAGCACCAAAAGAUAGCAAAUAUACAGCAAUCCUCAGUGAUGGUCAAGAGAAAGUGAAGGUGAAUAAAGCUGGGCUGAAGAGGCUGUACACCCAGCUGAAUCAGGAGGAGCUUGUCUCUCUGGUGAUAAAACAGGAAAGCCUGCUCUUGGAGAGAGACAAAAAAAUAUCAGAGUUGGAGCAAUACAUUGAUAACUUGCUUGUGCGCAUUAUGGAAGAGAAACCAAGCAUUCUCAUGUCCAGUUCUGUCAAUUCUGUUAAGAAGGGCCUGUAGGAGGAUGCACUACAAAUGUUUUACUCCUGCUGUAACUGAUCAGUGCAGUGCUUACAUUAUGUCAAAGGUCACCCAUUACUGUGGAAACUGGACUUUGAGAGACAUGUGAAUUAAUUGUACACAUAAAAUGGAAUAAAAACUAAAUCAGACUUUAUAGUACAGAGUUCAAACCCUACAAAUAAGUAAGUGAGAUUUAGGAAUGAUAAAAAUUCUUAUAUAUGAAAUCAAUUCUACAGUGGCUGUUUACUUAUUUACAGUGUUGGUUGAAUUAGGAGCCUUUUAAUUGAAGUAUUAUUUCUCAACUGUCAUCAAAGUGGGAAAUAUUGAUGAUCGUACUCUUUUUUUCUCUCUUUAACUGCACAGCUAAAAAAAAAACAAAAAAAACUUUACUAUGUACAUUUGACUUAAAUUCCUAUUUUGUCUAUCCAUAAUCACCUUUCUUCAUGCUUCAUGACAGUAAAUUCUAUACUGUCUGUUUUUAAAAACAUUUUCUAUAAAUAUACUGGCAGGGCUUGCUAUCCUAUUGUGAUAUCUCAGAUGAGCCUUAUUUUCUAUUGCUGAAAAGAUGCAGGCAACCAAGUUUCCAGAUAAUGAAAAUCGCCUACUCUACGCUGAUGGUAUGUUUA